AUGAUGAAGUCUUACCGACCUCCGGCGGCCUUCCAGCAGGGCCGCUACAUCCCAAACAAGGUGCUCGGUACAGGGACAUAUGGGCAGGUGAUUCAAUGCCACGAUACUGUCACGGGCAAGGAUGUCGCUGUGAAGGUCGCGCAGAGUGACGCCGCGUACCGUCGCUCCGCGUUGAACGAAAUCAGCGCACUGCUCUGCCUCAAGGAAAACGAAGACUCCGUGAAUAUUCUGGACUCCUUUGAGGACGCCGGGCAUGUGUGCAUCGUCUCGGAGUUGCUGGACCGAAACCUCUUCGAGGUACUGCGACAUCGUGGAUUUGGUCCGCUGUCACUGCGCGAAGUGCGCCAGGUCGCUCUGCGCGUCUUGCGCGCGCUGGCCUCGCUCCACAACAGUGGGUACAUUCACUGCGACAUCAAGCCCGAGAACAUCAUGCUGCGCCGAAGCACUCCCGUCAGCUCGAAUUCCUCCUCACCCAUGCUGGGGUCCUUCACCAGCGAGAAUGCCAGCAGUGGAUCGUCGAACAAGAGUGGCGAGCAGAACAACUUCCCGAACGCGCUGGCUCCUGGGCAGGAGGCCCUGAAGCUGGACACCAACACCAAUGCUCACAACCAACUGUGGCGUAACACGAACUCGAUUGACUCCCUCAUUGGGAACACGCACAGCGCUGCUUUCCAGGACAGCAAUCUGAACAUGGGCUUCUCCCCGCGCACCGGCAACCGUCUCGGGGGCUACUCGCAGCAACAGCACGGACGGCGCGGCAGCGGCGACACCACAGCUGCGAUCAGCGGUGCUGGCAUGCGUCACAGCGGAAGCUUCGAUGCACUCUUCGGCAUGUCAGCUGCUGCAGUCGGCGCCUCCGGCACCGGCAACAAUACCCGCAACGACGUUCGUGUGAAUCGCAACGCUCUGGGCAACAAGGGUAGCGAGUCUCAGGAGCGGACGCAGCUCAACCCCGACGCUAAUCCAUACUGCCGCACGUGCCUGAUCGACUUCGGUGCCGUGCGCCGUUUUAACGAGAACACCUACUACGACGUGCAGUCGCUCUGGUACCGCGCGCCGGAGGUGCUGUGUGGGCUUCCAUACACCACCGCCAUCGACUCCUGGAGUGUUGGCUGCGUCCUCUUCGAGCUCUUCACCGGAAAGCCGCUUUUCCCGGGCGAAAGCCUGCAGCAUCAGCUCUCACUGAUUGUGCAGCACGUCGGUCAUCCAUCUCAGGCGGCGCUCACGCUGGGGUGCUUGGCGACGCAGUUCCAGCUUCCCAUGGUGUUCGUGUCGCACGACGCGCGGCGGGAGCACGUGCGACAGUGGAUUCUCUCCUCUCGCGAGUUGGGACUGCAGCGGUGGCGAAAGCAUCAGAUGCAGAAGCUGCAAGAGGCCCACAUCGCCGGCAACCAGCAGCUUUGGUCCCACCGUACUGCCGAUGUCCCGAGCGCCAAGUCGGAGGAGGACGCACUGCUAACCGCCACUCCUUACGGCGAGUCAGACGUGGACGGGACUUCGGAGGAGCUGAAGCUGCUUGUGGACCUGAUUUGCGACCUGCUCAAUCCUGACGAGUCGCAGCGAUUGAGCUGCACGCAAGCGCUGCACCAUUCGUUCCUGAACAACGUCUCCAAGCGCUGCAGCGCUGCCCCAUGCCCGUACACCGCCACCCCAGCCGCCUGCUUUCCGACUGUGUCUGCCGCGCCGGCACCGGUGCCGUGUAUUAUGGCGACAACUACCACUGGACAGUCGGUGAUGAUGACCGCCUCGCCAUUGAGCGUGCCGAUGGGAUGCUCUCCUGCCAGCCCGUUUGUGAUGCACCCGGUCCACUCCGCCCCAGCCGCCACCGUGCCCUUCACCGUGGCACCCGUAGAGUCGAUGGUAGGGGUGGAAAUGGAGGUUUCUACUCUCGGUGUUUCUUCGCGGCAUCAGCCCGCACAGGCGUUCAGCACUUACCCCGCUGUCACGACCUCGACCGUGUACACUACCAAUAGCACUGGGCAGGUGAUGCAGUGUGCUGUGCCAGUCUUCACACAGGUGGCUCACCAAGUCGCGCCGAGCGUCGGCCACGCGUUUCUACCGCUUGGCAUGACUGCACAGAACCCAGCCAGUGGCAUCUACUGCUCCCCCACUACAACUGCAUCGCAGCAGCAGUACCCGUCGUCGGGAAUGAGCAUCUCACCCACGUUCUCGCCGGGAGGAGCGCUCGUACACGCGCAUGUGCCGCUGGGGUUCACGCCCACCACAGCUUCCAACCCUUCCGCCGUCACCGCCCCUGCAGCCUCGGUACAACCCCUCGGUGCCUCGGCGUACGUGCUCGCCAGCGCCGGCACGGUUCCCUGCAUCCGCGACUACCACUCUGAGAUGGCUUCAGCUGGGAUUUCGCCUUAUGUCCUGUGCCAUUUUCAGCCGCAGCACGCAUGCGCCACCGUCAUGUCUCCUUGA